AUGGUCCGCACCGCCGGCCGCGCCGCCCCAUGCACCGCCGCGCUGCGCUCCGGGGGCCGCGCCGGGGCUCCCCUCCCGCGGGCGGCGCGCAGCGGUGCGGGGGCCGCGCCGGCCCAGCCGCGCAGGGAGGCGCCGCCGCCGGGCAGCCUCACAUGCCGGCCCCGCGGCGGGGGCGGGCCGGGGCGGUGCGGGAGGGCGGCGGCGAGCCCGCGGUCAGCGCUGGGCGCGGAGCCCCGGCCGCUCCGCCCGCUCACGCCUCCAUUUCCUGCUCCGCCGGCGGCCGCACCGCGAGUCCCGCGGCGGCACCGCCCCCGGAGCGGCCACGCCCCCGGCCACGCCCCGGACACACCCACACCGGUCACUCCCCAGACACACCCACACCCGGCCACGCCCCCCCCCGACACACCCAUACCCGGCCACGCCCCGGACACACCCACGGGCGCGCUCCCCGCCCCGGGCGGGUCCCGCAGGCCGCACGCCCCCGAGCGCCCCGGGGCGGCGGGGCCGGGCAGGGAUCGGCCGGGGGGCUCGGGGGCCUCGGAGCACCGGGUCAGGGCCGGGAACAGCCGCCAGAAGCGCUGCCCUGCUCGGUCCCUCCGAGGGGAAGUGCCAAGGGCACAGCGCGGGUGUCAGGGAGCGGAGCGGGGCUGCUCGGUGCCCUGGAGCACACGGCCGCGGCGAGCCGGUGCUGGCAUCGCACGGACGGGCGGCCCUGGGCUCGGAGGUGGCCCGGAGGUGGCCCUGGGCUCGGAGGUGGCCCUGGCCCGGGUGCAGUGCCCUCGGGUGGCCCGGCCCAGCCGUGGUGGGCUCCCCGCAGGGGCUGGCGGGGAGCCAGGAGCCAUCGGAGCAGCCCAUGGCAGUGCCAGGGGUGACUCGCUGUGGGCUCCAGGGGGAAAGCUCGUGGCAGCUGGAACGUGGACACACUCCGGAGCGUGGGGAAGCCGGGUUCCAGAAGUAGUUGGGGAGGCAGAGACAGGCGGCGGUACGGCCACAUGCCGCAGGGAGGGUGACGGUGCCCACCCCGCGGGCUCUGGCACAGCUGCCCUGCAGUGUGGGACCGGCAGUGAGGACGUGCCCUCCGCAGCUUCUCUCCCCACAUCUCAGUCAUUUCGGCUGGAGCGGCCAGCCCGUGACACGAUGUCCCGAGAGGAGCUGGUGGCACGCCGUGGGGAGGGUGGCGUGCCCAGCCUGGCGUGAGGGCAG